AUGGCGAUGUCUCGAGGUCUCCCCAUCAGCGCAGCGACGCUGCUGGAUGCUAUGUGGAAGGGGCAGGGCCUGGAGACCCGCAGCAGCGAACUGAAUCAAAAGAAGCUAGGGCGAGUUCUCGCGGACGUCCGCAUGCGAGGCGCGGUCGCCGCACAGCAGCAAUAUGUCGCCCUGCAGAGUCAAUACGCAGUCGCUUACAACCAGUAUCUGGCCGCCCAGGAGACGCUAAAGCCACAUCGAGAGGCUGCUGAGAAGCUGCUGGGGCAAGUAGACGACCAGCUGCGCAGGGCGAUGGAGCAGGCAGCCAAGUACCGUCUUCAGAACGAGCAGAAAAAGAUGACUCAGCAGGCGCAGGAACAAGACGAGUUCAUUGCUACGUCGGCGCACCCCAAAUACGCCGCGAUUAUGCAAGGUCUGAACGAGACACACCGGUCGUGGGUAGACAAAAUCGUUUUUCCUUUUUUCCUUCUCCAGUGGCAGUUGGAGGAGGCUGAAAAUGCACUGUGGGUUAAACACUCAGCAAUUACGAUCGCUCAAGAAGUCAACGCUCUGUGGUUGUACGAGGGCCAGGCGGUCCAGAUGCAGUUGGAGGCGAUGAAGGACGAAGAGCAGCACGAGGCUCUCAAAGCUGAGGCCCACGAGCGCUUCCUUCAACACAGACUCCAGGAGAUUCGCGCGAAGAACAAGGACAGAAAGAAGAAACUGAGGGCAGAAAGAUACAAAGACCGGCACCACGACCACUCCCCCUCUGGGUCGCCGCCUCGCUCGCGUGGAAAAGAAUCGAGUGUGUCUCAAACUCGGAGCAGCGCCACCGUGACGAUGGGAUGCGUCCCGAGGAGAGAACGAACGAAAUCACGGACAAGGUGUCGUCGGUCGUCGUCAGCUACCACGGAAACUGCUCGGCCGCGUUCUAGCGCCAACGCCAAAAGCAAAGUAAACGCUGCAGAGUGGCUGUAG